AUGAAGGAUGAUGAAGAUGUCACGGUCAACGUUAUCGUCAUCCUGAGUCUGAUCGGUUGCCAGUGUUUGCGUCCAUUCUAUGCCAAGUUUAACAUGGCCAUCGUUGCCAUUGCGGACGAAUUAUUCGCAAGUGGAGGCUCGGUCGACUUCCAGCGAAUGGAAUCGUUUACCCGGAGGCUUCUGUGGGUAGCGCUUCUUUCCUUCGCGACACUUCUGGUGUUUGAUUUCCUAAACGGUGAUGCCUGGCCGUAUCGAUUAGUGUAUCGCACGGUUCUCUACACGCUGCCGAAUGUCAUCAACGUUCUCGCACUUUACCAGUACGUCGUACUGCUUUGGUUCGUCUGCGACUUCUACCGCACGGUAAACGAACGACUGAAAGCCCUGAAAAGCGACACAUCUGCCCCGAAAAGAGUAGGUCGGUUCGAAUACCGACGAAAAAUACUGGCCAUAUCGGAUGAUACCAUCGUGUACGACCGUGUCGACCAGAUCGAAACCCUACGUCGCACGCAUCUGGAAGUUAGCAACCUGACCGGCGAGGUGAAUGCUUGCUUCGGGGCACUAAUUGUCUGCACCAUGCUUCUGUCGUUCGUCGUCCUGAGUCUACUGCUGUUCUUGCUCUACAAGGCGAUGUCCACGAUACGCUGGUCUUACCGGGAGUGCAUCAACCUGAUCGGCCUCCUGCUAUGGAUAGCUUUCCAUGUGGCAAAGAUUCUGCUUGUCCUCUACCCGUGCCAGCUGGUGCAGCGGGAACGCGAUCGAACUGGUCCAAUGCUGUACACCUUCGAGCACUCCUUCACCGACAACUAUUUACAUAAAGCGUUGGUGAAAUUUUCAUCGCAGCUUUUGCAUGAAAAGGAAACCUACACGGCAUGCGGUUUAAUCACGCUCGAUAUGACCCUGAUAAGCACGAUGGUCGGUGCACUAACAACAUAUUUGGUGAUUUUGAUUCAAUUUGACUCGUCGUUUGUGUCUGUCCAACGAAGUGGUGAUGGUGUGAGUACUCCAGCACCCUGA